GCCAGCGCGGCGGAGGCGGCUCACUUGCCUUCAGCCAGUGUGUUCAGUGAGGGCGAGCGGAGGUGGAGGAAGGUCAUGGAACUGGAGAAGCGUGAGUUGGCACGGUCUACGUGAUAAAGGCAGGUGGCACCUUGGCACAGGGCUGAAUUAAGUAAAUGGGCUGGUGUUGCAGUCUCUCCAGAGACACUGCUAUCUUUGUGUCCGCGAUAGCAGGAGGCAGCAUCCGGUCCUAGCCUAGUACCCAUUCUUGCCCUCAACACCUGCCGCCAUCUCCACCAUGCAGUCCCGGGAAGAUGCUCCGCGCUCCCGCCGCCUUGCCAGUCCCCGUGGUGGGAAACGACCCAAAAGGAUUCACAAGUCCACGGUUUCGGCUUUUUUCACCGGCCCGGAAGAGCUGAAAGACACUGCUCAUUGUGCAGCCCUGCUGGCACAGCUCAAGUCCUUCUAUGAUGCGCGGCUGCUAUGUGAUGUGACCAUCGAGGUAGUGAUGCCUGGUAGUGGGCCUGGCACAGGCCGCCUCUUCCCUUGCAACCGCAAUGUGCUGGCUGCCUCAUGUCCUUACUUCAAGAGCAUGUUCACUGGCGGCAUGUACGAGAGCCAGCAGGCGAAUGUGACCAUGCACGAUGUGGAUGCCGAGUCCUUUGAGGUGUUGGUUGAAUAUUGCUACACGGGUCGUGUGUCUCUGAGUGAAGCCAACGUGCAGCGCCUUUAUGCCGCCUCUGACAUGCUACAGCUGGAGUAUGUUCGGGAAGCCUGUGCCUCCUUCCUAGCCCGCCGCCUUGACCUGGCUAACUGCACCGCCAUCCUCAAGUUUGCUGAUGCCUUCGGCCAUCGCAAGUUGCGAUCACAGGCCCAGUCCUUUAUAGCUCACAAUUUCAAGCAGCUCAGCCGGAUGGGUCCGAUUCGGGAGGAGACUCUGGCAGAUCUGACUCUGGCCCAGCUGCUGGGUGUCCUGCGCCUGGAUAGUCUAAACAUCGAGCAGGAACAGACAGUGUGUCAUGUGGCCAUGCAGUGGUUGGAGGCGGCUCCCAAGGACCGGGGUCCCAGCGCUGCAGAAGUCUUCAAGUGUGUCCGCUGGACACACUUCACUGAUGCAGAUCAGGAUUACCUGAAAGGGCUUCUGACCAACACCACUGUGAACAAGUACUGUCUGGACCUUAUCAAAGGGGCCCUGCAGAUGCGAUAUGGUGACAUGUUGUACAAGUCUGUGGUGCCAAAGCCAGGGUGCAGCAGCAGCAGCUAUGUUGUAUCCACAGCAGAAAAUCCACCCCAGAGGCUGGGGGUGUGUGCCAAGAAGAUGGUGAUCUUCGUUGGGCACCCUAGAGAUCCCUUUCUGUGCUGUGACCCAUACUCUGGUGAUAUUUUCAAAGUGCCGUCACCUUUGACUUGCCUUGCUCACACUCGGACAGUAACCACCCUAGCAGUCUGUAUCUCUCCGGACUAUGACAUCUAUCUAGCUGCCCAGCCAAGGAAAGACCUCUGGGUGUAUAAACCAGCCCAGAAUAGUUGGCAGCAACUUGCAGAUCGCUUGCUCUGUCGUGAGGGCAUGGAUGUGGCCUACCUCAGUGGCUACAUUUACAUCUUGGGUGGGCGAGACCCUAUUACUGGACUUAAAUUGAAGGAAGUGGAAUGCUACAGUGUUCAGAGGAACCAGUGGGCCCUUGUGGCUCCAUUACCCCAUUCCUUUAUCUCCUUUGACCUAAUGGUAAUUCAGAACUAUCUUUAUGCUCUCAACAGUAAGCGCAUGUUCUGCUAUGAUCCUAGCCACAAUAUGUGGCUGAAGUGUGUUUCCCUUAAGCGCCAUGACUUUCAGGAAGCUUGUGUCUUCAAUGAUGAGAUCUAUUGCAUCUGUGACAUCCCAGUCAUGAAGGUCUACAAUCCAGUCAGAGGAGAGUGGAGACAGAUUAAUAAUAUUCCUUUGGUGUCAGAGACCACCAACUAUCGGAUCAUCAAUCAUGAUAAAAAAUUGUUGUUGAUCACCUCACGCACGCCACAGUGGAAAAAGAACCGGGUGACUGUCUAUGAAUAUGACAUUAGCAGGGACCAGUGGAUUAAUAUAGGUACCACAUUAGGCCUCUUCCAAUUUGAUUCUAACUUUUUUUGCCUCUCAGCUCGUGUUUAUCUUUCCUGCCUUGAGCCUGGUCAGAGUUUCCUCACUGAGGAAGAGGAGAUACCAAGUGAAUCUAGUACUGAAUGGGAUUUAGGUGGAUUCAGUGAGCUUGAUUCAGAGACAGGAAGUUCAAGUUCUUUAUCUGAUGAUGAUUUGUGGGUCCAGGUAGCGCCUCAGUGAUAUGCACAGGAUCAGCAGUUUGUUGUAGCUACGUUGAGACACUAAGGUUUUACUGCUUUGGAAAGUAUCUUAAAGAAAUACCUUUUCCCUUUACAGGAAAAAAGAAAGGUUGGUUGAUUUCAGGUUUUAUUUAAAAAAAUAUUGUUUGAAAGACUAAUGUAAUUUAAUGUUAGAGAAUUUAAGCACUCCAAAAAAUAAACCUAUUUAAUAAUUUACUGUGCUAAAAGUCCAGUAUUGAUUUGAUUGUGUGGUAUGUUUAUGUUUGAUUAUGCUAAUUUUGCCUUGCAUUUUGUUUAGCGCCACAAGUACAUUUUGUUUAGCGCCACAAGUACAGAAAACUGAGUGGAUAGGAAUUACUAGAUAUGGUUUUGAAAGUAUAUAUUUUCCUUGAGAACAGUAUUAGAUUUCCAAAACUUUAAACUGAAUUUUUACAAAGUGUGUCCUAACCUAAAUGUAUUUUACUAAGUUUUAGUUUAGUUUCCUCCUUUUUUGUGGAGAAAAAAAAGUGCACAUUUGUUUAAUGUGACUGAAUGCUGAUUUGUAAUGUUACUGAAUGUAAUAUUUUAUAGAAUGGCAUUCACUGAUAGUAAAAACAAAAUAAACCAGGAUUUUACUCUUGGAAAAGAAAUUUCAGUUUUAAAUUUGUAAUAUAAAAUGUGUAUUUGCAAAUAGUGACCAAUUUUUUAUCUAAAAAUAAUUCCAUUCUAGCAGUGUCACCUGUCAUCUACAAAGCUUAAAAACCCAGUAACUUGCUUUGUAUGUUCAAGUUUUUUCAUCUAUACGUGGUACAUGCUUCAUUGAAUUAGAGGAAUAAUCCUUUUUUUCACUGGACAUGAUUAUGUAAAUUUUUAUCCAUUGUCUUAACUUAUUGUGAUUCUUAAAAUAUUUUGGCUAUAUAGUUUUAGUGUUCAUCUUAGAAGAUCGGUCAGCAAGAUGUGAUCAUUCUUUACUGUUUUGCGAGGCAAUACUGGUUUUGAAAAUAUGUAUAAGCUAAGAACAGUAUUUUAUUGAUUAAUAGUUAUUGUAUCUAUCAACUAUAAAAUCAAGUGCCAGAAAAGAAUUUUAAAACUCUAAGUUUUAAGUAUAGAACUGUUUUGUGUAGCACUGAAAUAGUGUCAGUUUUGUAAGUCACUAAAUGUUAUUAUCAGCUUAAAGGUAUUUUUGUACUAAAACUUUACAGUUCAAUAACAUAAGUGGAUGAUGGCAUUUGGGGCCAGUAGUGAAAGUAUAUUUCGUCUAAAAUAUUUCCAGUGGUACUUAUGAAACACAGUGGUACACAUGGUUAUUUUAUUAGGGUAUUUGUAUCUCAUCUGUGUUUCUUUGUGAAUUAAUGUUCCGGUCUUUGUUUCUGUCACUGUAUGUAAGAAAAAGUACAGAAAUAGAGACUACAUCACAUAAAACCGACAUUGUUAAAUACAGGAAAAUAUAAAUUCUUAAUUACCUCUUAAGGUUUACUAGCUGUGGUUAUUAUUUGUAUACAUAAUACAUGACCAGAUGCUUAUAGUGUUUAAAAUUUUCUAUACCCAAUUAGAAUUAUCUUCAUUUAGUAACAUGCUAAUUCCUCUUCUAUGUGUAUUUGCUGGUACCAGAAUACUAACAUUUCAUACACCCUGGCAGAGUGCUGAGGAGUGUGCUCUUACAGUUGGGAAACUGAAUUUUUUAAUGAAAUACCAUAGAAUGAAAAUGAAGAGAGGACAACACACAAGGUUUAAAAAAAAUCUUCUCAGCCAUUUUUAUUGGCCAUUUUUAAGAGUCUACAGAACAUUCCCAUUUAAUAUUUUUAGUGAAAUAAGAUGCUUUCUUAGCAGUAUAUGUUCCUUUAAAAGAUCAGACAUACUUUUAGUUGGCUAGGGCUAAAUUUUGUUCCAUUUGCCAUCAAGGGUGUUAUAAGCACUGUACUUAUCACAAAGCCUUUUCUCAGUAGUGUUAUUUUUUACCAACUUUUUCUUUACCAGUAACUUCUUUUCGAUAGCUUUUUGUCUUUUCGUGUUGAAAUAGGACAUUGUUGAUUUCAUCUAUAUUAUUCAUCUGCAGAACUAAGGUAUGUAACCAAUUUAUAAAAGACAGAUUCUCCAAUUUGUCAUUUUCAACCUUUCAUUUAAAGUCUAAGACAAAUGGUAGUAAUAUCUUUAUUGACAAAGAGAUUUCUUGGGAAGAAUUUUGGUUUUGUGAUAUAUUUGGGAAUUAGGGAAUAGAUGUUAACUAUUAUUUUAUAGAUAAGUGAUUUGUAUGUGGUUAGUUACAAAUAA